AUGCACUCGGCCCCACCAAACUUCCUUGACUCUGCCCCCAUCCCCAUUUCUGGCAUAAUUUCUGACCCCGAUUCCCCCGCUGGUCUUGCUGCUUUCUCAGAACCCAGCUCGGAUCUUCAUCUGUUACCUGAAUCAUCUGCAAGUGCUCUGCAAAUAGAUUCAUCUUUACCUUCUUCUUUCUCUUCUUCCUCCUCCUCAUUGUCCUCUUCAUCAUCAUCAUCAUCAUCCUCUUCCAUCCAUCCUUCAAACCUUCUUCCUCAGAGAAUCCACUCUCGUUAUUACGAUACCUUCUUGUCCUCAUCCUCUUUAGAUAGUAGUAGCCCCAUCCCGCAUGGCCCUCUAGCUAAUACCACACAACCUCUACAACAGAACUUCUACAUGGAUGACAAGAAUACUCAUAUGAUUGGACUCAACGAUUCUCAGGUCCAAAAAUUCCCACCUCCUCAACAGCUUCAGUACCCCCCUCAACAUCCUCAACAGCAACCGCAACAAUCACAGCAACAACACCCAAAUAUGGCCUCCAUCUCUUCUUCUCCUUGGGGGCCAAACACUCACGAUAUUAAUACCACGAACCAACAACCCCCUUAUUGGAUUGACAAUGCUUCUUCAAAUCGUGGUGGACUCAAGCCUCAAGGAUUUGUCUUGAAUCAAGGAAAUGGCCUUCAACAACAACCUAUGAAUUCUCUUCAACAACAACAACCACCACCCAUGGGCCCUCCUCCACCUCAACAGCAACAGCAGCAACAUCAGCUUCAACCUCCUCAACCUCAACCUUCUCCUUCAGGACUUCAACAAUCAGCUUCUUCUGCAAGCUCUAUUGAUGAAGAAUUAAUCCCAACCGCUAUUGUCAUUAAAAACAUUCCCUUUGCCAUCAAAAAAGAGCAACUUCUUGAAGUAAUGAAUAACCUUCAUCUUCCCAUCCCAUAUGCUUUUAACUACCACUUUGACAAUGGCGUUUUCCGCGGCUUGGCUUUUGCAAACUUUGCUUCUCCUGAAGAAACUAGUGCUGUCAUUAGUAACCUUAAUGGAAGGGAAAUUGGGGGCCGCAAGCUUCGUGUUGAGUACAAAAAAAUGCUCCCCCUUGCCGAGCGGGAGCGCAUUGAACGUGAAAAGCGUGAAAAGAGAGGCCAGCUUGAGGAGCAACAUAGAGGACCUAGCUCUAAAGGUGUUCGUGGCCAUAAUCAUCACCAUCAUAAUUCUCACCAACACCAGCACCAACACCAACAAUCGCAGCCUCAACCUCCCCCAAAUUCUCAACAGGCUCAACAACAACAACAACCUCUUGUUCAAGGCUUGAACCAGCAGCCUCAGCUUGGACCCGGGAACUUUGCUCAACAGCAGCAACAGCAACAGCAACAGCAGCAGCAGCAGCAGCAGCAGCAACAUCAGCAGCAACAGCAACAGCCUCAGCAGCAACCUCAGCAGCAACCCCAGCAGCAACCUCAACAACAACCCCAGCAAUUACAUCUUGGUGGGUCUUAUGGUAAUUCUUUGAACUCUUCAUCUCCUGGUCUGUCUUCUGGUGCCAAUUCUGGCAUUCUUUCUUCUUCUUCUCCUGUCAGCUCUGGCGGUUCAUCGGGAUCCCUUACAAAGGUGGACCUUAAUGACCCAGAAAAUCUCGAGAUUUACUCCAAGCUGCUCUUGUUUAAGGAUGAUCGCUCGCGCUCCCAGCUGGUUUUCCCCCCUUCUCUGUCUCCUCAUCAGCGCAGAAGUGCCAUGAUUCUAAGCCAGCAGUUUGGUCUUGCCUUUAGCACUCAGGAUAAGGGUGGCUCUAUCAUUAGUCGCAUCAGCAAUCAAUCUUUUUCUUCUCCUCAGAAUCAGACUCCUCAACCUUAUCUUCAACCGCAAACUUUCCAACCGCAUCCCCAACAACAGCAAGCUUUGCAACAGCAAAUCCCCCAGAUGCAACAGCAACAGCAGCAACAACAGCAGCAGCAGCAACAACAACAGCAGCAACAGCAGCAACAAAUUCAGCAACAACAGCCUCAGCAGCAGCAAACCCCUCUUCCUCCUCCCGGAAUCUUUGAGGGACACUCGCUUUCUGGCCAAAAUAGCAUGAGCACCACCAACUUGAGCAGCUUUAACCAGUCUUCUCCUCUUGGCCUGCAGCACCCUCAACCUUUGAGUCCUGGGGUAAACUCUAUGCACCUGCAGUCUUCCCAUAGCAACAGCCUUUUAUUUUCCCAGGCCCCACCGGGAACCCAACCCCACCAAUUUGGCUCUACUAACGCAAUCUCUGGAGGAAUCCCCACUGGUAAUUCUGUUUCCGGGUCUCCUCAAAAUGUUUUGCGCGGUACCAAGUCCUUUGCUGACAUUCGCGCACCCUUAAGCAGUUACACCAUUUCUUCACCAGGUACUCCUACUGGGUCUCCCUUUUUCCCUUCCCAAACUCCUCCACCCCAGAUUCAACAACCUCCUUCUACUGUUCCCUUGUCGUUGUCGUUGCAGCAGCAGAGAGGUGCAUACGCGGUUUACAACCAAGUGUCUCCUCAGCCUUACUUGCAACAACAACAACAGCAGCAACAACAGCAACAGCAACAGCAGCAGCAGCAACAACAACAACCACACCCUCAGCAGCAACAACAGACUUUGCAGCAACAGCAGUUGCACCAGCCUCAGCCUACUCAGUUUGGCGGGCUUCACCCUUCUCAGUUGCAUUCCGGCGGGUUUGGUAAUACCACUCAUGAUUUCCAAUUUGGAGGACACCAGCAGCCGCAGCUCCAGCAACAGCAUACUCCGCCUAACCAGCAGCAUCAGCAGCAGCCUAACCAGCAGCAGCAACAAUACCCUUCAUUCAAUCAGCAACAGGUUCUUUCCCAGCACCAACACCAACAACAGCAGUUGCCUCCUCAGCAACAGCAGCCUCAACCACAACAACCACAACCACAACAGCAACAGCAGCCGCAGCCGCAGCCGCAGCAGCAGCAGCAGCCACAGCAACAACAGCAAGUCUACCCUCAAGCCCAAUUUGGAUCUUCGUCGUUUAAUACUACCGGAUCUGCGGGUUCUGGAUUUGGGUCCUUGACUGAUUCAUUUUCUAGCCUGCUGCACAUUAGCGCAACGCCCACCACGACUACCACGACUUCUACGACAACGACGACGGGAGGCUCGGGAUUAUCUCGGGCUCCCUCUGUAACGAAUAUCACGACCACGAAUGCGACGAACAACAAUAACAAUAAUAACGCAACGACUACGAUGACGACGCCUUCUGGGAACUCAAUUGCUGCCUCGAGCAGUGGUAGCACUGGGAGCACUAGUCCAUCACCCAGUGUGAAGAGCAUCCAGAAUGGCCUUGACGGACAAAAAGGCUCCAAGCCUGACUCGGAGAUGACCAAGAAGGAUGUUGCAAAUGGAGGCAGUGGUAAUGGAAAGGAGAGUAGCUCAUCUACGUCUAAUUCAGCAGCCACUGCAGUAGGAGCAACAACUGGAGCUGGGGUCAUUGGGUCUAAGCUCGGAGACUCUGAUGUGAAUACGACUGUUAAUGUUAACGAUUCUAAUGAGGUUAUGCAUCGCAAUGACUGA